AGAGCGUGUUGAGUUUAAUCAAUUCAGAACGUCGAGAUGGAGCCUAACUCACUCAAGUGGGUAGGCUCGUCUUGCGGUUUACACGGACCAUAUAUAUUCUACAAGGCUUUUAAAUUUCACCGGGACGGUAAACCAAGGAUUCUGUCCCUCGGAGACUUUUUCUUCGUAAGAUGUAAACCCGGGGAUCCAAUUUGCAUAGCGGAGCUACAGCUGUUGUGGGAGGAAAGAACUACUAAGCAACUUUUAUCAAGCUCAAAACUUUAUUUCUUACCCGAAGAUACUCUCUUGGGAAGGACAGUUAGUCAUGGAGAGCACGAGGUCAUUGCUGUGUCAGAGAAGGUGAUUGUUCGGUUGGAAGACCUGGUGAAGUGGACAGUCCCAGAGUUUUCGGGAUGGUCCCACGGACUGCGGGCAGCGCCUCUGAAGCCCUCUGUCCUGAGGGAGCUGGGUGCCAAUGGGCGCAGAGAUGCCCUCCACAGAUACAGGGAGAGCACCUUCACCAGCGGCCUCAACUUCAGAGACAUCCAAAGGGAGAGGGCUCAAUUGGGCCAGGAAGAUGACGGCAGGAAGGUUCUGGUGCUGAGCUAUCCCCAGUACUGCCGUUACCGCUCUGUCCUGGCCCGGCUCAGAGAGCAGCCGUCGGCCCUGCUGACGAACCACACCGUGCUGGCUCUGGGUGGCAUCGCCUCCCUACACAGCACAACACGCAUCCUCUACUGCAGGGACACCUUCGAACACCCCACCCUGCUGCAGAACGAGAGUGUCUGCGACGAGUUCGCCCCUAACCUGAAGGGUCGGCCACGGAAGAAGAAGCUGUCAAUGUCCCAGCGAAGGGACUCCCAGGGCCACAGUCAGGGGCCUCAGGGGCCCCAAGAACCCAGCACCCUAGAGAACAAGUCUCCCACCAAGGUAAAACCUAACUGCAAGAUAACAGUUCCUACCAGCAGGAGCACAACGACCAAACCCAGGAUCUGUAAAAAGGCAUCUGUGGAGGAGACGAUGGAGAAGGAGGAGAAGAUGGAGAGGGAGGAGAAGAUGGAGAAGGAGGAGAAGGUGGAGAGGGAGGAGAAGGUGGAGAGGGAGGAGAAGGUGGAGAGGGAGGAGAAGGUGGAGAGGGAGGAGAAGGUGGAGAAGGUGGAGAGGGAGGAGAAGGUGGAGGAGGAGAAAGAAGAACCAGAAGAGAACCAAUCAGAAGAGAGUGGUGCAGACGAGCAGGCCUUCCUAGUAGCUCUAUACAAGUACAUGAAAGAGAGGGACACACCUAUUGAGAGGAUCCCCUUCCUGGGAUUUAAGCAGAUAAACCUUUGGACUAUGUUUCAAGCUGCUCAGAAACUCGGAGGAUAUGAGUUGAUCACAGUUCGCCGACAGUGGAAAAAUGUAUAUGAUGAGCUGGGAGGUAACCCAGGAAGCACAAGUGCCGCCACAUGCACACGAAGACACUACGAGAGGCUCCUCCUACCUUACGAGAGGCACACCAAAGGAGAGGAAGACAAACCCCUCCCCUCAGCAAAACCCAAAAAACAGGAGCAUGGAGCCCAAGAGGGGGGUGCCAAACACAAAGGGGUCACAGCGAAACGACCUAAAGGUGGACUACACCAGAGGCAGGGGGCCAGGAAGAAGAGGGAGAGAGGGGACACUGCAAAAAGCCAGGAGCUCUCACAGGUAUCUGAGAAGAAAGGGGACAACCAGGAGCCAGCAGCCAUGAAGCAGGAUCCUCUGCCCAGAGAAGAGCCUGAAGAGGAGGAGUUACAACUCACCCUGAAGAAAGAGGAGACAGUGAGCGAGGAGGAACCUUCGCGACUGAAUCCCCCCAACACAGACUGCCACAGAGCUACACCUGUCCUCCACAGUGAACUGUCUCCACUGUCUGAGUGGAGGCAUCCCCAACAGCCACAGUCAGACAAACUCAACCCUGAGCAAAGGGACCAAGCUGAUGGAACCCUGUCUAAGACCCCAUAUCCAUACCACUGGGACAACAACAGUAAGCCUGGGUAUAGCAGUCUACCUGACCCAAGCAAUCCUGACAUUCCGGUAACUAAAGACACAGACAGUCUCAGUUAUGGACAUGGUGGGAGGGUGGGAAAGGUGCUGCCCAUGUGUAAGCAGAGCCCACCCCCACUGCAGCAGUACUCCACAGAGCUAAUCACAGACAAACAGGACUCCCCCAGUAAAAACAAAGAGAUUAAUCAGUGUCACAUGCCCAUGCCAACAGCGUACUCAAAGGACAACCUGGGGGUCAUGUCCCCACUCGCCAAGAAGAAGCUCCUCUCCCAAGUCUGUGAGACAAAUCAUUACUCAUUCAGUUCCCCUCCUCUUCCUCCUCCCACUCCGUCAGCCAGCGUGGGUGAUGUGAGCAACAGUUGUGUUGAAGAGGUGGUGAAACUGAGGCAGGACUCCCUGCCGGAUAGCCCAGAGAUGGCUCCUGUCUUCAGGCCUUCUGUCAUCCAGCACGCCCAGAGCAUCAAACCCCAUCAAGAGAGGAGUCCUCUGGGAGAUUUGUCUGAGCCCUUCACUUGCAGAGUGAGCCACUUCCAGCCCCAGCUCCACCCACCCUGGCACCCCUACCUCCACAGGACUGAGACCCAGGAUGGAGAGGAGAACGCAGGGGAGACACGGAUGCAGCAGCAGCCCAGUCAGGCACCACCAGGCUACGCAGGUGACUGCUACUCCUCCCCUCACUUACACAACCUCUACCGGCAGACAGAGAACUGUCUGAGUCAAGAGCGAAUGGACAGUUAUCCCAACAGAGACAAACAUGGACAUUUUAUCAGGGAACGCCAGAGCAGCGAGGUAUUCACCUCAAACAAUUCUGACAGAGAAUAUUUGACUUACAGAGCUCCCCGCUUCUCUGAGAGGACACAAACUCAUGGGGAUAGACCAAUGGAAGAGGAACCUAGAGAUUUCAGUAUUUCCAAGCCUGUCUCUCAAAGGAUGUCUUUCACAAAGCCCUCUUUCUGUGGCCUCCCGUAUCCCAUGAUACACCAGAGUUUAGACUGUCACCCCAAAGCGUGCAGAGUCCCUCCGAUGACUAUAUCUAGCACCAAACACAUGGAACCCCUUCAGCCCUUCUUCAAUCCUAAAAGCCAUGCUGAGGCGGUUGGUGCCUCUAGACCCAGUAAGAGAAGCCUGGGGGAACUAGAGAAUGAGGGGGUGCCAGACCGCAAGGUGCGAGUGGUGACCCCCAUGCACCCCGCCGGCUCUGUCCGCCGAGGCGACCCACAGGGAGAGGAGCUCAAACCAGCCGAACCGGCGCACGCCGUCCACUUCCACCUCCACAGCCACAUUCCCGAGGGCCACACCUACCCUCCCCACACGCCCUUCUACCCAGGGAUGUACCCCGGGAUGCAGGACGCCCUCCAUCACAACCUCCAGUACCUGAAGAGCCAGACAGCCGUGUCCCCUCUGGUCCCUCCGCUAGCCUUCCACUCCAUGAUGCUACAGAGGCAGUUGAUGGCCUCCCAGCCCAGCCCCCACCACUUCUACAGGCACCCUGGGGGGGCAGCCCUGUACGGGGACCUCCUGCACCACCUGUACCCCCUGUCCACCCUCACCCACCCACAGCUGUCCUCCAUGCACCCCAGCACCAGACUCUAACAGACGGACCCACGUGGAGCUUAACCGGCUCACCCUGGGACAGUGGAUCUAGUGUUCUAUUCUUCAGUAAGCAUGACAACACUGAUUACCUGUAGAUGGUGGAUUAACUCUUCAGUCAGGCACACAGUUCCAUUUUUGUGUAUUUUUGUGUUUUUUUGCACUGUAUCACCACUUAGUUACUUUGGAUAAAUUUGCACUCUAUGUAGUGUUUGUAUUCACCAACCAGGUUGUUUCUCUCACUCAACAGUCAGGUUCUUAUUAUCUUUGAGUGUGGAGGGAGACAGAGAAAAGCCAUUGGCAUGCAUGUCAGGGGGAUAAUCAUAUUUGCUGGGACUCCAAAGGAUUGGAUUCCAAAUCACUGCAAUGCGACAACUUCAUCCUCCAAAUGUGUUCUGGGGAUUUUUAUCAGGUUGAAACACUUAAAAACACGAGGGGACUAUCUAAAAUAAACUAUUUUCACAAGAUUUACCAUCGGAAAAGUUCAUGCAACUGUUAAGCAUUUGGCUACUCCACCUUCAAUCAAUGUUCUGGAUCUGUUUACAGCUCUCUAGUGUGGUGCUGUGGCCUGUUUGUGUUCAUGUAUUAGACCACUACACGUCUUAGAAAUGACUGUGUUAAAACAAGGUGCUGUACAAAACCACAAGGUGCUGAGGUAUUGUAUGUAGAUAACAGCUCAUUUUCAUCAGAACACCCAAGCUGUGAAGAAACCACAUUUGACGUUUUGCAUCAGUUGUUUUUAAGGCAAGUCGUAUCGUUUGUCAGGAACAUUCUCUCAAAAUGUUUUGUUGACCCUUGAGAGGUGGGAAAGUGACCCAGAUACAUGAAUAUAUUGAACAGAAGGUAUUUAUACUGCGCUUAACAUGAGUCACUGAUGCUGCCUACUGUGACAUCUGACAGCUCUUAUCUUGACAUAGCUCUGACACAUCACUGGUCUAAGGCUGUUUACUGCGCCUCCUUCAUUCAACAGCAUAAUGCAUGAUAAAUACGAAUGUGUCUUGUAGAUUAUUGCUUUGUGAAUAUCUGUGCCUUUCUUUAAUCUUCGAUUAGGGGUUGCAGCACUAGUUUUCUAUCAUGACUGACUUUCAGGAGACUGUUGUAGGCUUGGCCUACAGUAUGUGCAGCCCACCGAAGUUGGAUGUGGCCUGGAUGCGCCAGCCUCAGUUGAAGACCAUUGUCCAGCCCAAGAACUGCAUGUACUUUAGUUUUUUGUUUUUAAGCGUAUUUGAGAUUAUCUGUAUAAUGGAAAGCGCUAUAUAAAAUAAAUCUAUUAUUAUUACAGUUAUAAGGUUCCAUUCUAUCAUCACAUUGCAGUGCAAACUCAUUGGACUGUAAUUGUAUAGUACCAUAGUUACCGUUUAGCACAGGGAUAGUUAAGCACUGGUGUAGAGAAUGGCUACUCUAAUAGAUUUAUGUGCCACUGCCAGACAUAGUGAUCAAAAGGCAGCGUGUAGCGCCCGAGGAAUAAUAGCACCUGGUCUGGGUUAACAACCAUCAUAACUGCUUUUAAUGGGUAUUUGGAACAUGUGAAAUAUAGGUAACACAUUUGCUGUUUAAAUUUGUUUUAAAGCCAAUCGACUGAGAUUGAGCAGACACUUAUAGGAAAACUCCACCCAAAAACUAUAUUUUGGUAUUUGUUUUAUUGUUUUGUUGAUAUAGUUUUUGAUAUAUACAUGUUUUGCAUGUCAGCAAUCAGGUUUUCAAGAUAUACAACUUGCAAGACACAGAAAUACAGCCGUUACGAUCUAUUUCGUAUCAUAUGCUGCUGCGUAUUUCUGUAUUUUUAAUGUUAUACAUCUUGAAAACUUGAUUGCUGAAAUGCAAAACAUUUUGGGACUAUAUCAACAAUGGACUAAUGAAACAAAUAGCAAAAUAUAGUUUUUGGGUAGAAUUCUUUUCCUUUAAGAUAAACAUUCAUUCACAAUUACAUGCUCUUAAUAAUGUCAUGUUUGCCUCAGCAGCGCCAGGAACUGACGUUUAAGUUCCUUAACGUUCAAAUCCAUUCUCUGGCAUCUUUCUACGUAUGACUUUUUAAUAAUGUAAAUACUUUUGACUGUCUGUUAUGUGUAAUAUGUUAUAAUCUGUAAAUAGUAUAAAUGCAUACAGCUGGUUACACAAUCUAGAUGUCACAGGUCACCUUACAUUUAGAUCUGAACACUAAAGUUAGGACAUUUUUUAUUUGCUUGUUUUGUGUUCUUGUUUUCCACAUUGUUUCCAUGUUGUUUUUCUUUAAAGUGUUUUUGAUACUAUGUGCCAUCUGUUUACCAAUGAUUCAGCUGGCAAACAAGAAAAACAUUUUGUAUUAUAUGAUCCUCUGUAUAUUUAAUUAAAAUAUUUUACUAUCUA